AUGGCCUCGCACCGGCUGCGGCCGUGCGUGGGUAGGCUGUUCGCGAUGGGACCAGAGCUGGGGAGCGGAAGACGAGCUUACAGCGCGUUCCAGGCCUUCACGGAGGUUCUACGGCUGCCGAGCAAGCAGCUGACGAAGCUGGUCUUCCCGCUGCAAGAACUCCAUGGGCAUUUCGUCCCGGGCUCGAGGCCAGACCUUCACCUGAAUAUCUUCCACCCGAGCCUGGAGGACAUCGCGCGGGCGGAGAGCUUCUUCACUGCCUCCGCCCGAAACCGCAUCGAGUACCUCACCUCGGCGGUGCGUCUCGACCACGCCCCGGACCUUCGCCGCCCGGAGGUGUGUUUUAUAGGCAGAAGCAAUGUUGGAAAAUCCUCUCUAAUAAAGGCCUUGUUUUCACUUGCCCCAGAGGUUGAAGUUAGAGUCUCCAAAAAACCGGGCCAUACAAAGAAAAUUAAUUUUUACAAAGUUGGAAAAUACUUUACAUUGGUGGACAUGCCAGGUUAUGGCUAUAGAGCACCUGAAGAUUUCGUUGACAUGGUAGAAACCUACCUAAAAGAACGAAAGAAUUUGAUGAGAACAUUUUUAUUAGUGGAUAGUGUUGUUGGAAUUCAAAAAGCAGACAAUAUUGCCAUAGAAAUGUGUGAAGAAUUUGCAUUACCUUAUGUGAUGGUAUUAACAAAAAUUGACAAAUCUUCCAAGGGACAUCUUUUAAAACAAGUGCUUCAGAUCCAGAAAUUUGUUGACACUAAAACACAAGGAUGUUUUCCUCAGUUGUUCCCUGUAAGUGCCGUGACCUGUUCUGGAAUCCAUCUGCUGAGAUGCUUUAUAGCAGAUAUAACAGGAAAUCUUAAGACUACUGGCUUCCAGUUUAGCUGAAGAUUCAAAAUUGUCUGUGCCAACUGCAGUUAAAGACAGAAUUUCAACAUUGUUUUAAAUGUUGUGUAUCUGUAACUUGCAGAAGGAUCACUUCAGCUUUAAAACCUGCAUAUUUCCAAAGGAAGAAUGAAUUUGUGCCUAUAGGGGCAGAAAGGUUUAUACAUGAUUGAGUUAUGCUGUUGAUUAGAAGAGAUACCAGCAGUUUUUAACAAACUGACAAACAAGACCAUAUAGAAGUCUAUAAAAUGAAAAUCUGUUUCCUACCGUGUAGAUGAUAGUGAGAGUGUUACUCAGUCGUGUCUGACUCUUUGUAACCCUAUGGACUGUAGCCUGCCAGGCUUCUCUGUCCAUGGCAUUUUCCAGGCAAGGAUACUGGAGUGGGUAGCCAUUCCCUUCUCCAGGGGGUCCUCCUGACACAGGGAUUGAAGUCAGGUCUCCUGCAUUGCAGGCAGAUUCUUUAUUGUCUGAGCCAUCAGGGUAACCCCUACUGUGUAGAUGAUGGUUUGCCAUAUUAUUCAUUGGGUUUUUGUCUUUUAAAGGAAUAUCUAUUACUCUAUUUUUUAAAAUAUUACAACGCACUAGGUAAAAAGGGGCUACUUUUUUGUUAAGCACCGAUAGAUGGGUUGAAGGUAAAGUCUUAUGUUAUUGUUCAGUCACCAGGUUGUGUCUUGACUGCCACCCCAUGGACUGUAGCACACCAGGCUUCCCGGUCCUUCACUAUCUCCUAGAGUUUGUUCAAAUUCAUGUCCAUUGAGUCAGUGAUGCUAUCUAACCACCUCAUCCUCUGCCACCCUCUUCUCCUUUUACCUUCAAGCUUUCCCAGCAUCAGGGUCUUUAUAUGUAUGGCUAUAACUUAUCAUUUUUCUGGAGACCUCAUUUGAAUAUAACAAAAAUUAUUCUUGAUAAAAUUUCAAUCAGUCCAUAAUGGCAAUACCACUUAUUUCAGGCUGAGGUCAGUCAC